GAAACAAGUUAAAAAAUGGUGUCACCAGUCUCUCGGUCUCGUUAACUCUCAAAAGCACAGCACGCGUCAGCCUUGGUUUGGUGGAAAACGAAGGCAAGAUGACAAUGCCGCCGCUGAUGCCAUUGCUAUCAGUGCCACCACAGAUCCACGACCGUUCAUUUUUACUGCAGAAUGCAAUCAGAAAACGGCUUUGUUGAGCGCCCAACUUGCCCGACCCUGUCAUCGACGUGUCUCUGCCUUAGAGGCCGUAAGCUUGCAAGUUGCCAAUGCCAAUUGCAUCCGUGGACUUUCAUGGUGAAUCCAACACACCCAAAGCUAUGUAUGCCCUUGUUGGAAUCUUUGUCGUUUAUGGAUUGAGCUUAUGUGACGGGUCAGAUUCGUUCAUUUUGGACUUGUUAUUCUAAAAAAAUAUGAAAAUGCUGCUGAGAAGCUCAUCAACACCAAUCUUAAACUCGUGGUUACCUCGCUCCAAUGACUGUUCAUCACCAGAGCCAGACUUUCCCAAUCCCCAAAGAACCAGAUCAGUCUCCUUCUACUCUCCUUCUCCUUCAGAUGACCAUAAGCAAAAACUAACACAAAGCUUGGCUGAUAUCAGUAUCCAAAAUGAUACACCGAAACCAAGAAAAAAGAAGGGGAAAGCCAUAAUACCAACAUCUUGCUCUGUUGACAAACAAGCAAAGCAAGAAAGUGAUCAAGUAAAAGAGUCAAAACCCAACUCUUGCUCAAUCCGAAGACUGUUUUCAAGUUCUGGGUUGGGAGAAAAAAUAGUAGAUGAAGAUGGUGAAGAUAGUAUUGUGAUGCAGACACCAGUGAUGGGUGGUGGAGCAGAAAAUGAUGGUGGUAAAAUCUGUGGUGGUGGUGGAAGAGGAGGAGGAUCAGACGGUGGAGAUGAUGGCGGUGGCUCGGGGUUCUUUGAGAGCAAUAAUCAUGGGAGUGAUAGUACUGAUGUCUACUAUCAGAAGAUGAUUGAAGCAAACCCUAGCAAUCCACUUUUGCUUGGGAAUUAUGCCAAGUUUUUAAAAGAGAUUAGAGGAGAUUUUGCGAAAGCAGAGGAGUACUGCGGAAGAGCAAUUCUGAUGAAUCCGGAUGAUGGGAAUGUUUUGUCUCUCUAUGCUGAUCUAAUUUGGCAAAACCAAAAAGAUGCUCAUAGAGCCAAAAGUUACUUUGAUCGAGCUGUUAAGACUGCCCCAGAUGACUGUUUUGUCCUGGCUUCAUAUGCAAAAUUCCUUUGGGAUGCUGAAGAAGUAGAAGAGGAAGAAGAAGAGCAUGAUCAGAGCGGACAAGAAACUGAGCACAGCCAUAUAUCUCAUCCAGAUUUCUUCCUUCAACCUCCUCACAACCCUCCCAUAACUGCAGCUUCCUAACUUAUGUAUGUACAAAAGCUUUGACUUAGUACGUUAGCUAGAGAAUGAAGUAGAUGAGGAUAUCUUUUGUUCUUUUCCCGAGUGUAUCUUGCAAGAAUAGUUCUGCCUAAAAAUACAAUAAAAGUAUACUUUUGUAUUAGUGAAAAGAGCAUAUUUUCUGGAAAUAUUAGGCUAUGAGCUUGUUGAGUAUCUGUAUUCCUCAAGGCACAUGAAAUGAUCUGUUUUAUGUCUUUUGUGUUACUUUCCCAUAUGUUGUACUUAGAAAAAGUUGAAAGGAUAUGUUUAGUUGAGAAAGGGGAAAUGAUGGAUCAGAGUAACUCCUGUUUGAGUUUAAGGUCAGAUUGGGUAUUUAAUUUCAAACCAAGAAGGAUGCAAAACAAGAAGAAUUUGUGUAAAUUAGAUGGUGAUUUCCUCCAAACCAAAUAUAGGGGAAAGGUUUAAUGGUUUAUCUGAAUGACAAAUAUUUUAUGCAGAAGUAUCUCUACUAGCUUCUUGUCAAUUUUUAUUUCACUAUGACUAGAUCAUCAUCUUAGCCAUCGAUUGCUAAAUUGCAGCCCAGAGAGGCAUGUCACUUAAAAGUGUUUUCAUGAAUAAUCUUUUCAGCAUUAUGUAGUAACCUCAAAGAUUUACUUGGUUAAGAGAGUUUUUUUCAGCCAUCUUUAGCACAAAAAACAGUAUAUAUCUUGAAUGAUGUACUUGUUUCUGCCUUCUGUAUUUUAGUUUGAUACUAAAAGUUUCAGCUUACCACAUGAAUUACACAAUUUGGGGUUGUUCUUCUCAGACCCUUGAUGCCUCAUCUCAUAUUUCCUGGUUCAAUCUGGAUUCUGGAAAAUUCAUUACUUUCAAACUCGAGGAAGAGACCCAAAGACCAUUGAUUGGGCAGUACCACCUACUUUAGGAUACAUAAGAUGUCAAGUCAUUCAGCCAAAUUAGAACAUAACACAUGCCUAGCAUCGUGUCUAGCAUCGUGAUUAACAUAAUCCUGCAUAAUAUCUAGAAGAAGAAAGGAAAAAAACCAAGGGACGUCAGGUAAAUAGGCUCCUAUCAAAACUCUUUUUGAGAGAUAUUCUAGCUUGGCUUGUGGCUUGUAUGUCUGGUAUCUAUUUUCUAUCUCCUGCUCUUUUCAUGGAUGACGAGGUCUUGCAUACAUUGCAGUGAUAAGCUGAUAACAUACAUUAAUAUAUCAUAUUUCUUUUAGUCCCUUAGCACUGUCUGUAGUUAUUAUUCAGUGUGGAGCAACAGGGAAAAUGUCAUGAUUCAACAAUACCUUAUAGUGGUUGUUGCAAUGCUUGGAAUCAUCUAAAAGUUUGGACCCAUCUUAUCACACUACUUUUUA